ACCUGAGCCGAAGUCGGAGGCUUAACCCACCGAGCCACCCACCCAGGCGCCCCUCCGCUGUUGUUCUGAUGGAGGAUGCUGCUUGGGGUGCAGGGCAGGACUGCGUCUGGACCUCGGGCCUGGGGAGGCAGCCUCCUCAGGGUGAUCUGAGCCACAGAGAGGACCGCGGCCCAUUAUGGAGAGCAGAGGCCCACUGGCCGCAUCGCCGGGGCUGCUGCUGCUGCCGCUGCCACCUCACGGCCACCAGAGGAUCCAGGACCCUCCUGCUGUGCACCUCAGCAGUGGUUCAGGACAAGAGCCUAUCACCAUCAUGACCUUUGACUUCACCAAGAUCAGGAAAACCUCUUCCUCCUUUGAGCUUUGAAGCUGGGAUCCAGAGGGAGUGAUUUUUUAUGGCGAUACCAACCCCCAGAAGGACUGGUUUGUGCUGGGGCUUCAAGAUGGCAGGCCCGAGAUCCAAAUGCGCAACCACUUGGCCCAGCUUACGGUGGGCGCCGGGCCCCGGCUGGACGAUGGGAAGUGGCACCAGGUGGAAGUGAAGGUCCUCAGGGAUUCGCUGCUGCUGAGUGUGGAUGGGGAGGAGGUGCUGUGCCUGAGACAGGUCUCUGGGCCUCUGGCCGGCAAAGUCCAGCCUGUCGUGAGGAUUGCACUGGGGGGACUGUUGUUCCCUGUCUCCAGUCUCCGUUUGCCGCUGGUCCCCACCCUGGAUGGCUGUCUGCGCCGGGAAAAUUGGCUGGACCAACAGGCCCAGACCUCGGUGUCUGCCCUUACCAGCAGCCUCAGAAGCUGCGCUGCCGAGUCCCAGCCUGGCACAUUCUUCCCUCGUGGGACUCGAGCAGAAUUCAGUCUCCAAGACAUCCCCCAGCCUCAUGCAGAGCCCUGGGCCUUCUCUCUGGACCUGGGACUCCAGCUGGCAGCAGGUUCUGGCCACCUCCUUGCCCUUGGGACCCCAGAAAACCCUCCUUGGCUCAGCCUCCAGCUCCAAGAUCAAAAAGUGGUGCUGUCCUCUGUGUCGGGCCCACAGCUGGAUCUGCCUCUGGUCUUGGGACCCCCUCUUCAGCUGAAGCUGGGCGAGUCUGGGGUAGUCUUGAGCCAGAGGCCUAAGAAGGAGAUCCUUGCCCUGCCUCUCUUGGAUCCUGCCUCCCUCCUCAACCUCUGGGUCCAGCCACAGGGGCGCCUCUUCCUGGGGGCUCUGCCAGGAGAGGCUUCUUCGGCCUCCUUUUGCUUGGAUGGCCUUUGGGCACAAGGCCAGAAGUUGGACAUGGACCGGGCCCUGAGCAGAAGUGAGAACAUCUGGACUCACAGCUGUCCCCAGAGCCUAGGCAAUGACACAGACAGCACCCAUUAAACCCCCACCUAAGAAUCCCCU